GGGAGACAAGUCUUAUAAAUGAAGGUAUACUACUCUCACCUUCUUGUCGGGAAUACGCGCGAACUCCUCUUCAUUUCAAUAAAAUGGAUAAAACUACUAAUUUGCCGUGGGUCGAGAAAUAUCGUCCAGCACAUCUUGAUGACCUGAUCUCUCACAAAGACAUCAUCAGUACAAUAAGCCGAUUUGUCAAAGAAGAACGACUCCCUCAUCUGCUGUUCUAUGGACCCCCAGGCACAGGGAAAACAAGUACCAUCCUUGCAAUAGCUAAACAAAUAUACACGCCCAAGGAACUUAGUUCUAUGGUUCUGGAGCUCAAUGCUUCUGAUGACCGUGGUAUUGGCAUUGUAAGAGGACAAAUUCUUAACUUUGCUAGUACAAGAACAAUCUUCAAAUCUGGAUUCAAAUUGGUCAUUCUAGAUGAGGCAGAUGCUAUGACAAAAGAUGCUCAAAAUGCUUUGAGGAGGAUCAUUGAGAAAUUUACAGAAAAUACAAGAUUUUGCAUCAUCUGCAACUAUUUGUCCAAGAUUAUUCCAGCACUUCAGUCAAGAUGUACACGAUUUCGCUUUGGUCCCCUGAAGACAGAUCAGAUGAUACCUCGUCUGAGACAUGUUAUUUCCCAAGAGGGCAUUUCAGUCACAGAGGAUGGAAUGAAAGCAUUAGUGACACUGGCCACUGGGGAUAUGAGAAGAGCAUUAAACAUCUUGCAGAGCACAUCUAUGGCCUUUGAUGAGGUUAACGAAGAGAAUGUGUACACUUGUGUGGGUCAUCCUCUCCGCCGUGACAUAGAGAACAUUGUGAAAUGGGUUCUCAAUGAUGGUUUCAAAGAGGCUUACAGCAACAUUGUGCAGGUGAAGAUGGCCAAAGGUCUUGCCUUACAAGACAUUCUUACGGAGAUUCACGCCUACAUCCACAGGAUCGAGCUCCCGGUCAGUGUUCGACUUCAGCUUCUGACAAAGAUGGCCGACAUUGAAUAUCGCCUUGCAAGUGGUGCAAGUGAACGGAUCCAGCUUGGAGCAUUGGUUGCAGUUUUUCAGAAUGCUAGAGAUCUUAUUGUGCAAGAAACAUUGUGAGAUUUUAGUGCGAUUUGUCAUUCUCAGUGAGGAACAGAUAUAAUAAGUCAUUACAAUGAGUGCUAUUUAGUUGUUUACAUCGUAGCACAAAUCCAUAAUAUUAACAUUUUUUUUCUUACAUUGAAGAGAAAUUGCUUGAUAUCACUUUUAAAUCAGAUGUAAACAACAUCAAGUUCAUGCUGUAACAGAUUUUAGAGCAUCCAUGUUGUGUUAAAAAUGAAUUCUCUGCCCAUUAAGCCUAUUCUAAGAUAUUAUAUAGAUGAUAAAAAAGGCACAUUUCUUGUCUGGAAGUGAGUUUAGUGCAAUUGAACAAACGCUUCACACAAGUAGUUUAGAUGCUGGGGGAGGAGUCAGAUAUGCUGGGAACAGCAGACAAUCAGCUACAUGGAGGUAUGUUUUUCAUACAGCUGAUCAUCUAAUUAUUUUGAUAGGUAUAUUCUAGCACCUACAAAGUACAUAAUCUGAAAAUCUCCUUUUAGUUUUUGGAAAGACUGUAUGAUGAAUUUGUAUAUCGAAAAGCCAACUUUUAAAGUGGAAUCGUCUGACCAAAACCUUUUAAAAAAGUGUGAUGGCUUCAUAAACUAUCCCAAACUUUUAUAUUCAUCUGUAAAAGCUCCUGGUGAAUCACAUUUUCAUGUGAGAAAGCACACAGUUUGCUGUCAUUAGGAACAAGGUUUCAUCAUGAUGCCAACAUUCUCACCUGUUUGUCCUCAUUGUCACCAUUAACUUCCUAAUGCACCGCUGACUCGGGUCAGGUGAUUGAGCAACUGCCAGCAUUGUAAUGAAAUGUCAUGUCGUUUUCAUACCUUUCAGUGCUUUGACCAGGUAGGUCUUGAAGUGGCAGUAAACACUAGUUUUAGCUAUUAUUUACAUGCAAAUGGUAUCUCGUUCAUGUCACCGAGUUAGUGAAGGAUAAUGGGGUUUUGUCCUAUGCACUAUACUCUUGAUGUUUGCAAUAAAUAAAUGUCUGAUUUUGUUUUUUCCUUAAGUUGUGGUAGGAGUGUGUGUUGGUAGGAAUGUUUGCCACAAGUGGAGUUCCCUCAUUGAGAAUGUCUGAUGGCAUUUUAUAAUUCUUUUUCAAGCAUUUAAUUUUUAAACGCACUUUGCACAUGGCAGUGAAAAAACCAACUCUGGUGCUCUCAGUUUUUUAUUAAAAAAUUCACUCACAUAAAGGCCUAGUUAAAGUUUCUAUACAUUAAACAUCUAUAUUCUUUGGGUAUAAUUUCAGAAAAGUCAUGGAAUAAAAUAUGACGAAACUAUUUCACAACUUUUUGGGGAGGGUAAGAGGAGCUACAAUCAAUGUUCUUAGCAGUCAGUCCAGUUAUUCAUUUAAAAAAAACAUGAAAUCAACAUUACAGAACA